CGUCCCCGACACAUAAAGAGGAAAGAGACGAGCGCAGGGCUUUCAUGUUGUGCAUGUCCUCAGAGAAAGAGAAAGAAAGAAAGAAAAAGAAAGAAAAGAGGAAGAGGCGCAUCGCGAUCGGCGGACGCAGCCGGGAGCGACGGUGAUGGAUGCGCCGCUGUGAGGGAGGAAGCUCGCUCCGUUCCGCUCUCGGAUCCCCGUUCGAGCCCCAGACAUGGACGCGAGCCGCGCCGCGCUGCUGCACAUCCUCUUGACGCUGCAACAAGUCGGAGGUUACACUUACAGGAACCAGCGCAAGUUCACCGAGGACAUCGACUGGUCGUACGCGGGAACGUUAAACCAGAACAACUGGGCCAAGAAGUUUCCGUCGUGCAGCAAUGCCAAGCAGUCGCCCAUCGACGUGGAGGAGAACCUGGCCCAGGUCAAGCUGCAGUACCAGAACCUGCGGUUGGACGGCUGGGAGAACUUGACGGGCCGGCGCACCACCAUCAAGAAUGACGGCAAGACUGUGGCUCUGGAUGUGGACGGCGACUUCUACGUCAGUGGCGGCGGCCUGGGUUCGAAGUUCAAGGCGGGGCGCAUCACCUUCCACUGGGGGCGCUGCAACGCCUCUUCCGAGGGCUCCGAGCACAGCCUGGAUGGCGUCAAAUACCCUCUGGAGAUGCAGAUUUACUGUUACCAGCCGCAGCGAUUCGAAUCUUUCGACCAAACCGUCAAGGCAGGAGGACCAAUCACAGCCCUGGCCGUUCUCUUUGAGGUGAGCUCCGAGGACGACAACGCCAACUUUGCCCCCAUCGUCGACGCCAUCAACGGCGUCAGCAGAUACGGUAAGCGCGGCCAGGUGGCGCCCUUCUCUCCGCGGGCGCUCCUGCCCAACUCCACCGACAAGUACUUCAUCUACAACGGCUCGCUGACCACGCCGCCUUGCAGCGAGACCGUGGAGUGGAUCGUCUUCAAGAACACCGUCUACAUCUCGGCCGACCAGUUGGAGGUGUUCUGUGAGGUGAUGACCAUGGAGCAGGCGGGUUACGUGAUGCUGAUGGACUACCUGCAGAACAACUACAGAGAGCAGCAGCGGAAAUUCAUGGGUCAGGUCUUCUCCUCCUACACCGGCACCGAGGAGCUCCUCACGCCAGUGUGCAGCUCGGAGCCGGAGAACUUGGAGGCGACAUCCUACAACCGGAGCAGCCUGCUGGUGACGUGGGAGCGACCGCGGGCCGUCUACGACUCCGCCAUCGAGAAGUACUCGGUCAGCUACAAGAUGGCCGACGCGGAGGAUGCCGCCCCAUCUGAGUACCUGACGGACGGAGACCAGGAUGUGGGUGCCAUCCUCGAUGACCUGGUGGCCAACUCCAGCUACGUGGUCCAGGUGGUGGCGGUGUGCGCCAACGGCCUCUACGGACGCGUGAGCGACCCCAUGACGUUCGCCGUGCCCCCCGACGGCCCCGAAAAUAGCCUGAUCCCAGAUUCAAAUGAAUUUGACUACGAGGAGGCGAACUACCCACCGGAGACAUUCUCGAAUGAAUCUGUGCAAAAGGAAGAUUACGAUCAGGCGUGGAUCCCGACAAAAUCGCCUGCAACCUCGACUUCGGGACCACCUCGCCGCCGGCCGCAAAAUGGCAUCGGAGCCACCAAGACACAGUCAACUACCGUUGCUGAGGUCACCACCAGGUUCCCAUCUACGACUCCUUUGUACGCAAACACAAGCGAUCACUCCGGCGGGGUCGGUCCAAAGUCCUCAGAAAGCAUUAAAGUGGACCUGACUGCGACAACGCCGACAGGAAGCAAUGUUUGGAUGAAGGGGGGUAAAGGUGUACCCAGUGGUGGCACCACAACAACCUCAACCACGAACAAGACCAUGACCAGACCAAUGACCAUGACCGUGAACCAGACCAUGACUACAAACAAGGCCGUGAACAGGACCACGACAAUGGCUACAAACACGAUCGCAAACAAGACCAUGACGCGGCCAUUGACCAAGACCACAACCAUGAAUAUGACAACUGCAAUGACUCCGAACACAACUGCAAACAAAACAACAAACAUGACAAAGACAGUGGAAACGACUACAUACACGACCCCAGAAAAGAGCAGAACCCUGCCAAUGGACAAAACCGCGACCGUGACCAGGCCAACGAACAAGAUCACUACUAUGAAUACGACAACUGCAAUGACUGCAGACCCAACUGCAAACAAGAACAUGACCACAAACGUCACAAUGACCCCACCCAUGCACAAAACAACAUCCGUGACCAGGACAACGGUCAAGACUGUGAACAAGACCAGAACCAUGAACAUGACAACGGCAGUGGCUACAAACACAACAGCAAACAAGAACACGACCAUGACCUCGCCAAUAAACAAAACCACAACCAGGCCACUCAACACGACCACGAUCAUGAUCAGACCAGCUACCACAACCCUAAACAAGACUGAAACCGCGACCAGAACCAAGAACAUGACCACGAACCUGAUCCAUCUUAGAGACCACAUCAUCACGCCAUCGUCCGUCCUCAUCGACCCGUACGCAGGUCUUACCACACCAGAAACUGACGACGCAAGCGGAGUCCAUGAUGAUGAUGUGGUACGGGUCCAGGGUGAGCCCCCUCCUGAAUCUCCUCCACGAGGGCCUAUAACUCCCAGCAUGCCUCAUUUCUCAGCCACAAAGACUUCGGUGUGGCAGAACGGCGUUCUUUUGCAGACCACGCCACCGCUCUCAAAGGGUGAGCGCCUCUCUGUCGUCCCCCCUUCUUCCUUUCCCUCUUCCCUGCAGUAUGACGUCACGGACCUCCCCCCCGUCCCCGGCCCUGUCCCCUCCGCCCGCUUGCAUGAGCGUCCCCUUUCCUCCACCCUGGACACCGCCCUGCUGCCUCGCCAAAUCCCUGCUUCUCCCACCUCUCGCCCCCCCCUCUCUUUCGCAAACGACUUGCCGUCUUUCUCUUCGGGUGACGCCGCCGAGGUGCCGGAAUGGGGGGCGUCCCUCCCUGAAGUCUCUCUGGCCCUCAGCCCCACCCUGGUUUCCGACCUGCAUGCCGGCACCAUCCCGCUCCCUCGCCCCACCCUCUCUUUUGCCGAUGACUUGGCAUCUUUCGCUUCGGGUGAGCCCGCCGAGGUGUUGGAAUGGGGGGCGUCCCCCUCAGAGGUGUCGCUGCCCCUCAGCCCCACCUUGCGGCUGUCGGUUGUCCUUUCUAGUGACUUCCCGCGGUCCGUCGCCACUCCGGGUCCGACGCCGUCGUUUCCUAACGAAGUCGAGCUUUUGGGUUAUGGGACAGGAAGUACACCCGAUUCGUUCCUUUCUGAGGACAGUGCUGAUGGCUUCCUAGACGGCAUAUGCGGUUGCUCCCUUGAGCCGUCGGCGUCCGGGCCCCACGUCUCGCCCGGCGUCCCACUCGGGGCCGUGGCCUCGAUCUCAGGUGCCAGUGUCGAUCUCCUCGUGAGCUCUUUGGGUGUCCUUGUUAGUUCUUUUUCUGGGGCGGCCUCUGGUGGCCUGGUGAUUAUGCACUCGCCCUCUUCACCAGCGCCCCGCUUCCAGUCGGCCACUUACAGUGCGCCGCCCCUUUCUGUUGCAGCCGCCACAUCUGAGCCCGCGUCGGCCCCAUCGCUGCCUUCCGUCCCCGUGACGCCCUCCUCCGCAGACCACAGUAAUGGCGUUUCGGGUUCCGAUGUAGAUCAGGAGCGGGACGGCGUCCGGGUGUCGGCCUCCGGCGAGAACACGCUUCCUCUUUCCACGGAGCCCCCUUCCACCACUUUGGAAUCUGGACAGACGCCCGAGGAUUCGGGCGACCGCUCCUCGGCGUUUUAUUUUGACAGCGAGAGCGGGAGCGCGGCCGGAUCUGGGCGAGCGGGAACCGCCCCGCCAAGGGGAUCCGCGGUCCCCUCGCCUACGCCCCCCGAGGAGAGCGGUUCGGGUCAGGCCGAGAACCUUUACGACAACGACAACUCCUCAGACUUCAGCAUUCCCGAGCGUACGCAGCGGGAAUCGGAGAAAGAGGAGUAUCCAGUGGCAGACGUGAGCGACAGCAGCCACGAGUCCCGCGUGGGAACCCUAAGGGACGGCCGGAGGAAGGCGGCGGUCCCGCUGGCCGUCAUCUCCGCCCUCACCGCCCUCGGACUCGCGCUCCUCAUCGGCAUCCUUCUCUACUGGAGGAUGUGUUUCCAGACGGCGCAUUUCUACGUGGACGAAAGCGCCUCGCCCCGCGUCGCCGCCACGCCCGCUUUCACGUCCGCUGUUUCACUUCCUGUUUGCCUUCUAGACGAAAAGGCCGCACUUCCUGUCAAAGACUUCGUCAAACACGUCGCCGAGCUUCACCGAACGUGCGGAUUUCAGCGCAAGUUUGAGGAGGUCCAGGCGAGCACGGCGGACGUGGCGAUGACCUCGGAGACGUCCGACCACCCCGACAACAAGAGCAAGAACCGAUACAGCAACAUCCUCGCUUUCGACCGCAGCCGAGUGCGACUCUCAGCGGCCGACAAGGACGGCGGCGGACGCGCUGGGGAUUACAUCAACGCCAACUUUGUGGACGGCUUCAAGAUGCGUCACGCGUACAUCGCGGCUCAGGGUCCGCUCAAGUCCAGCACGGACGACUUCUGGCGGAUGAUCUGGGAGCAAAACGUGGGCAUCGUCGUGAUGAUCACCAACCUGCUGGAGAAAGGACGUAGGAAGUGCGACCAGUACUGGCCCGCUGACGUGCGUGAGGACUACGGUGGCCUGGUGGUGGCGCUCAAGAGCGUUCAAAAGCUGGCUCACUACACUCAGCGGACCUUCACCGUCACCAAAGCGCACGUCAAGAAGGGUUCUCAGAGGGGGCGCAGCCUGGAGCGAGUGGUCACGCAGUACCACUACACCCAGUGGCCCGACAUGGGCGUACCCGAACACGCCCUGCCGCUCAUCAGCUUCAUACGCAAGUCUUCAAGGGCCAGGACGGCAAACAUGGGCCCGGUGGUGGUGCACUGCAGCGCGGGCGUGGGUCGCACGGGCACGUACUUGGUGUUGGACAGCAUGUUGAGGCAAAUGAGGCAGGAGGACGCCGUGGACGUGGACGGAUUCCUCCGACACGUUCGCACGCAGAGGAACUACCUGGUCCAGACGCAGGAGCAGUACGUGUUCAUCCACGACGCCUUGGCGGAGGCCGUUUUGUGCGGCGACACGGAAGUGGCGGCGCCGCGGCUUCACGCGUACGUGGAGCGGCUGCUGACCCCGCGGCAUGAUGGGAACACGCCGCUGGACCGCCAGCUCAAGGUCGAGCGGCCCAGCCUACGUGGUUCGGAGCGUCUACCCCGCCGUUUCCUAAGCCGUAGUGAUCCGAGGCACAUGUUCCACAUCAGGAAAAUCUCAAACAGAAAUGUCGCAGAACUGCUGAGCGCGGAAGCGGCGAACGCCGACGACUACGCGAGCGCGCUUCACGACGACAACCGCCACAAGAACCGAAGCGGGUCGCUGCUGCCGGUGGAAAGAUCGCGUGUGCGUUUGUCGCCGUGCGCAGGUGACGCGUCCGAUUACAUAAACGCGUCCUACGUGACGGGCUACAGGCAAAGCAAGGAGUUCAUCAUUACCCAGAAUCCUUUGCCAGGCACCGUCAAGGACUUCUGGAGGAUGAUUUGGGAUCAGAACGCGCGCGUCAUCGUGUCGCUGUCGGGACCGGCGCUCGCUCAGGACGAGGAUGAGGACGAGGAGGCGGGGCCCUGCGUGUUCUGGCCCGGCAAAGGACAGCCAAUCGGCUGGGAGACGUUGACUGUCACUCAAACGUGCGAGAACCUCAUCUGCUUGGCCGACGAGGACCCGCUGCUCGUUCACCGCUUGGACGUGCGCGCCGCGCAGGACGACUUUGUUCUGGACGUUCGCCUGUACCGCGCCCCCUGCUGGCCCAACCCCGACAGCGGCACGAGCGACGCCUUCCUGCUGCUCGAGCUGCUGCGGCGGGAGGAGGAGAAGGAGGAGGAGGAGGGGGAGGAGACCUCCGCCGAGGAAGGGCCCGUCGUGGUCCUGGACCGCGCGGGCGGAGUCACGGCCGGGACCUUCUGCGCUCUCUCGUCUCUGAUUGGUCAACUCCACGGCCAACGGCGCGUCGACGUCUUCCGAGCGGCCAGGAUGACGAACCUCUCGAGGCCCGGAACCUUCCGCACACGCGACCAGUUGGCGUUCCUGUACGAGGCCUUGCUGGGGGUGCUGGACAAGCAGCAGCGGCAAGAAGAAGAAGACGGAGAAGAAGACGGAGAAGAUGGAGAAGAAGAGCCCCCGAGGAGCGCCGCCGACAGUUUGCAAUCUCUCGUGUGAUCGAUCGUCCAAGAAGAAAACUUGGAGCGACUUCACGUUUGCCUUUUUGGUCACCAAGAGAUCUUUUUCACUUCACCGUGGACUUGCCUUUUUUAAAAAAAAAAAAAACAAGUAUUUUUUUUUUUUUACUCUUUUUGGUCACUUUUUAAUGCCACCACAACGGCGACUAACACUUUGCGUAUUUAUUGGCAGCAACAAUAAAAAGAAGAGAAAAAAAAAAGGCAACAUGGCAGCCGUAGCAACGUUCCUUCUAAUGUAAAUAAUAUCUCACCUCAAUGGACCAAAUUGUAUUUAUACUUUAGUACACUUUUAUAUUUAGUGCAUUAAUCAAAGGUUUUUAUUCCUAAUCUCCACUUUAGCCAAUACAAGCGCUCCGAUUUGGGACAAAUGUGCUCCUGGCACAUUUCUAGUUGUUUGUGAUCUGCUGCUGACAAUUUGUUUGCCAUUAAAGGACAAGUUAGAUUUUU